AUGUUGUUAUCAAAAUCUGUUGCUUUAUCAAUCUUAGCUACUUUAGGUGUUCAAGGAUUAGUCAUUCCAUCAGUCAAUGAUGUUGUUGAUGUUUUCGGCUCUAAUGUUGAAACUUUAAAAGAUUCCGCCAAAGCUGAACUCAACUCAUUAAAAGGCUCAUUUACUGAAGCUUCAGUUAAAAUCUUAGAUAAAUUAGAAAUCAAAUUAUUAGAAAUUGAACAAAGUGCUCCAUUAUUUGGAGUUCAAAAAGAUAGAGAUUUAAUCCCUGAUAAAUAUAUCGUUGUUUUCAAAGAUGAUGUUGCUGAAAAUGAAAUGAGUUUCCAUAAAGAAUGGGUUACUUUACAACAUGUAGAAUCAAUUCAAUCAGUUGAUGAAGGUCAUGAAUUCUUUAUGUCAACUAAAGAUCAUAAAAUUCAAGGGGGUAUCACUGAUGCUUUCAAAAUUGAUAGUUUAAUGGGUUAUUCAGGUUUCUUCAUGAAAGAUACCAUUGACUUAAUUAGACGUCAUCCAUCUGUUAAAUUUGUUGAACAAGAUUCAAUGGUUUAUGCUUCAGAAUUUGAAACUCAAAAAGAUGCUCCUUGGGGUUUAGCUAGAGUCAGUCAUAGACAACCUUUAAGUUUAAACUCUUUCAAUCAAUAUUUAUAUGAUACUGAAGGUGGUGAAGGUGUUACUGCAUAUGUUAUCGAUACCGGUGUCAACGUUGAUCAUGAAGAAUUUGGCGGUAGAGCUGUUUGGGGUUCAACUGUUCCUUAUGGAGAUGCUGAUAUUGAUGGUAAUGGUCAUGGUACUCAUUGUGCUGGUACUAUUGGUUCAGCUUCUUAUGGGGUUGCUAAGAAAGCUGAUAUUGUUGCUGUUAAAGUUUUAAGAUCUAACGGUUCAGGUUCAAUGUCUGAUGUUGUUAAAGGGGUUGAAUUUGCUGCUAAAUCUCAUCAAGAUGCUGCCAAAAAAGGUAAAAAAGGUUUCAAAGGUUCAACAGCUAAUAUGUCAUUAGGUGGUGGUAAAUCAACUGCUUUAGAUUUAGCCGUUAAUGCUGCUGUUAAAGCUGGUUUGAAUUUCGCUGUUGCUGCUGGUAAUGAAAAUCAAGAUGCUUGUAAUACAUCUCCAGCUGCUGCUGAAAAUGCUAUCACUGUUGGUGCUUCAACUAUUAGUGAUUCAAGAGCUUAUUUCUCCAAUUAUGGUAAAUGUGUUGAUAUUUUUGCUCCAGGUUUAAAUAUCUUAUCUACCUAUAUUGGUUCAAACACCGCUACUGCUACUUUAUCAGGUACUUCAAUGGCUUCACCUCAUAUUUGUGGUUUAUUAUCAUACUUUGUUUCUUUACAACCAUCAGCUGAUUCAGAAUUCUUUACUGCUGCUAAUUCAGUUACUCCUGAACAAUUAAAGAAGAAUUUAAUCGCUUAUGGUUCAAAAGAUUUAUUAUCAGAUAUUCCAGAAGAUACUCCAAAUAUUUUAGCAUUUAAUGGUGCCGGUCACAACAUUACUGAUUUCUGGGGUACCGAAAUCGAAACUACCAAGGUUUCUGAAUCAAAAUUAGCUCAAAAAUUCCAUGAAUUAGAAAAUAAAGUUGAUGCUUUAUUAGAUUCUGAUGUUUUACAUGAUAUUGAAUCUAUGGUUAACAAAGUUUAUCAAGAUUUAUAG